CUUGUUGUCAAAAUAUGCCAACCUGUAUGUAGAUCACACAAUUAUACAACAAAACCAUUUUCAAAAGACAAAAAAGUGAAAAAAAAAAGCCAUUCUCAUAAUACAAUAUUACAUGAGCCCACAUCCUUGAAUCAUUGGUCAUGAUAACAAAAUUAUAAUAAUCAUCACCAUUUUAUAUCAUCAUAUAUAUACAUAUGGGCACUCAUUUCUCCCACAAUUCUCCACUUGAUUGAUUGAUUUCACUUUGGAGGAACAAAAAAUGGCCAACUUUUCAACUCUUGUAGUUGUAGUGCCACUUAUUGUGGCUUUAUGGCUUUCUUCAACUUCAGAAGGAGUACUUUCUUUAUCAUCAUCAUCAUCUUCUGAUAAUUUGCCUUUGAAGCCAAAGAUGCAUACUCCAACAAUUGCUGCUUCUCCAACAGUUUUGCCUGAUCCUCCAUUGUCUCCAGUUAGAGAACUGUCUCCUGAUAUUGCACCCCUUUUGCCUCAUCCUGGAUCCAAUACCAUUCCUACAAUCCCGUCAAGCCGGACCCCGAAUCCCGAUGAUGUUUCUUCAGUUGGCCCUGAUCCUGCAUUUGCUCCAUCAGGUGGACAAGGGUUAUUGCAGGCUUCUUCAUCUUCAUCAGGGAUGCCAUUUUUGAGACAGUCUGUGGUUCUUAUCAAGUUGCUCUGUUUUUUGGUCCUCUGUUUGGUUCAGGCUGCUGCUUUUUGAAGGUUUUUGUUUGUAGAAUUGCGGAAAUUUGAAUGUAUAGUAGUAGUCUUUUUUGGUUACCAUAACUUCUGUGAUGAUCAUAUAUGCGAUAUGUCCAUCUUAAGUCCAUAGAGUUCAAUUUUGUGUAGAAAUACUGCUUCAAAUGAUGAGAUGAUAUUUUUAACCUUCAAAAUAAAUUUAGUUGCAUUGGUUACCGUAAUUCUGUCUUUGAUUUCUUGCAAACUUUCAGG